AUGUCCAUGAAAGCCACUCUUGAAUCACGCAGCAAUUCAUCUCGAACCCCGCUCAUUGUUCUCGGCGUAAUAGGCGGAACCCUCAUCUUCCUGGCAAUGAGUGGCACUCUAUUAUACCUCUUCUCUCGCAAGGAGCGGGCCAGACGACGCAAUGCGCUUGCACAGGAGGUCGAGACUUUCUCUCCCCUGCAACCACCCCCAGCAUACAAAGUAGACGACUUGCGAGCGCCUCGUCCCCACUCUGCACAUCCCCGGCCGCUCUCCUCCUUUGCGCCGGACUUGAGUCGACACGACCAGUUCCCACGGGCAUCCUACGAACAGCCCCCACCAUAUCUCAAUCUACCAACAUAUGACCCCUCCAGAUACCAAUCAAGUCACCCUUUAUCCAACGAGCUCAAUGCACAUCCCCAUCCAACCGCCUAUCCCUAUUCCAACCAACCCAUGCCACACCCCCAGGGUCCUGGUCCAUCUUCCCGCUUGAGUGCAGUGCAUUACAACAAUGACGCCCGGCCGUCCCUGUCCUUGUCGCGACCGCUUUCAAUGGUAGGCCAGGUGCCUCCAGGCCCUGGAGCUGGACCUGUGUCUGUGCCUGCAGCAGUGCCCAGACCGAGACGCCAGACGGGUAUGCCUCCACCCCCUGAACGGCCAAGACAGGAGGGCCGCGAACGGAGUGUGUCUGAGCCAAUGCUACUCCAACCUGCAGGACCAAGACGACCUAAGCCUGUCCUGUCGCGGCUGAUCACCAAUUUCCGUUGA